ACCCAUGUUUCAACGUCUAUUGACACCAAUAAUGGCACUGCAGAUAUAUCCAAUGAUCGCACUACUCUCAUAAACAUCGUGAAGGCUUUAGGAGAAUACCUCACCUCAGAAGAAGGCGAUCUGCGAAGAAAGGGUAAGGACUUCUUGUUGAAUGGCUUUCUAUCUAAGUGUCCGCCUGCAAAGCUAACUCGUCAAUCUGUCCGCGUCUUGACACCUUUUUACUGUGGAAAGUUAGACGACUCCGAAACUAUCGUCCCUGCGCUUCAAGGGAUCUUAACUUUGGUCAAACUGCCGACUUUCGGCGCGCCUGAAGCUACAGGAGUCAUCGAUGCCCUGUUCCUCUACGUAAAGAUGAAAUCUCUUGUUCAAUCUGUCAGGUUCAAGGUAUAUUCUAUCAUCGAUUCGUUGAUGGCGGGACACAGAGACGCUCUGAAAGCUCUGGGGAAAAAGUUUGUCGGCAAUUACAUUGCUCUCGCAGAAGGGGAAAAAGACCCAAGGAAUUUGGUCGUUGCCUUCGCCAUAGCAAGAGUGAUUCUCAUCGAAUUUGAUAUAAGCGAGCAUGUUGAGUCCUUGUUCAAUAUCACCUUCUGUUACUUCCCAAUCACCUUUCGACCGCCUCCCAAUGACCCAUACGGUAUUAGUAGUGACGAUCUGCGCGCUGCUUUAAGGCAAUGUUUAUGUGCUACUCCAUUGUUUGGGCCUCUCGCGAUCCCCGUGUUCUUAGAAAAACUUACAGCUGGGUCUCGUGCCACAAAAAAGGACACCUUGCAAGCACUGGCAACCUGCUUACCCGUUUUUGGGUCGGCCUUAGCACGGGCUACAGCAAGAAAAUUGUGGAGUGCUCUAAAACUGGAGAUUUUUCAACCCAUGGACUCCAAUACAGAAGAGGAAGCACUGAAAACAACUCAAAUUCUUGUGAAAACCAUAUAUCAAGAAGAGGAGGCAGCACACGAGCAAAGCGAGGACAUUGUAGGCCUAGCGAGAGAUGCGUGUGAAGAAUGCAUACAGAUUCUAAGGGAGCCAGAAAAAAGUAUGGCAAAACCUGCUACCAAAGUUAUAUGUGCCUUCAUGGCGACAACUCCUUCUGUUUCACGUUACACGGUCUCCCUGGCUGUCCCUCACUUCGUGAAACUCUUUCUCAACCCAGACGAAGCACUAAACCGAGCACCAAUUCUUUAUCUUCUCUCUGACAUAGUCAUUGCUGCCCGCGACUCGAUGGCCAAGAACAUAUCAGAAGAUGUUCCACUGAUGCCUUACAAAGACGAAGUGCUGGGUGUUUUCAGCGUUGGACUCAAGGCAUCGUCGUCGCGGCUGCCAACCCUCUCAGGCUUGAAAGGGCUGAUUACCACCAAAACUCUGCUCUCUGAUGAGGAACUGGGUUUCAUUGUACACAACGUCGAUGAAAUAAUCGAGAGUGACACAGAUGCUCUGGAAGACGAUGAAAUUCUUGAUCUUCUGACAACGAUUGCCUCCAUCGCUCCCCAUCACAUUGAAGAGCAAACUCUGCCGUUACUAUUCAGGACGUUACCGGAUGUUGCAUUUUCUCGCGAUGCCAUAAAGGAGCGUGCCAACUGUUGGCGUACCCUUUCGGCCCUCCAGACCCUUUGUGUUCAACCCGAACUCUUCGAAACUCUAGUCAUCCGUUUGACGACGAAGUUGGAUCUUGUUUGUUUCCCCUCAAAAGGUACUCAAGACACGGAACCUAAUGCUGCUUACGCGCAUUCCAUUCUUACUACCGUCUCAAACACCCUCAGCACGAAAGUGGAGAAAAGCCACCUCGACGUUGGAAAAUACAUUGACAGAUUGGUUCCUCACAUCUAUAACCUGUUCAUUUUCUCGGCCUUUGGAUCGGAUGAGCAACGAUUGCUAGCUUCAGAUCCACGUCUUGUGCAUGUAGCCGGGAAGAUUAUCAGUCUCGUAGUCCAGACGCUACCUCCCCAGAGACAAACGACGUUCUCUGUGGAACUUUUCAAGGCACUUUUAGAUGGGCAGGUAAAGGGAAUCAGUCAAGGCCACCAAAAAAUUCCAAGCGAUCGCAAAUUCGACGUUUUGAAUGAGACAACCCAGAAGAAUUUAUUACCGCUUUUCACUGCAGCAGUCACUCCCUUGCACAAAGAGGUUCAUUUACCAGUCCUUGAUCUUGGACGUUUUUUGGAUUCAAUACUCACGUGGACCCUCUUGCAAACGGACAAUGACCUUCAAAGAAUCUCAGCUCUCCAGAUGGUAUCGUCAAUUAUCAAUAAAAAAGUGGACGACCUAUCCUCAUUCUUGAGUGAUAAACUCGAUGUAUAUUGGCCGCAGAAAGUUGGCGACGUCACCCGCCCUGUAGAAAGUCGCCGCCGGGCCAUACAGUCUUGGCUUUGGAUGUCAAAAGCGCUUAUUAUCCGGAACCAUCCAUUGGCUUUGAGUUUCUCCGAACGAUUGUUUCAAGUCUUUGGUGAUGAAGCUGUCGGCUGGGAUGCUGCAAAAGCUUGCGGCGAGAUCCCCGGUACGGACACAAUUUUAACAAAACGGAAUAACGCCGUCAUUAAGAUCCUGCAUUCUCAGAAAUACGUGAAUACCAUCCUUCCUCGACUCAUGGAAGGGGCAAAGUCUUCCAGCAGGUCUAACGAGCAAGCAGCAUACCUUGUCGCCCUCACUUCUUUAAUCAAAUCUACUCCCAAAGGGACAUACGUUCACGAAAUGCCUUUGCUCAUCCCCUUGUUGCUUCAAAGUCUGGACCUACCCGAUGCGAACAUUCGGUCCAACGUCAUCGGGACUUUUCUCGCUGUGGCUGAAGGGGAGACACCUGACAAAAAUUUGGUUUCUGAGCACAGCAGCACACUCGUCACAUCUAUGCUCAAGAAUAGCAUGGUGUCCGAAAUGGCCACGACGAGAGUAAGAGUUUUAGCUUUGCAAUAUCUCGGACUUUUGCCCAACAUCGUGCGGUAUGAUGUGCUACAUCCUCAAAAGCCCCUGGUACUGCGCGAAUUAGCCAACGUGCUUGAUGACCCAAAACGCACAGUACGCAAGGAAGCGGUAAAUGCCAGGACAAAUUGGUAG